GACUUGAAAAUCCAUGUUGGAAUCAAGGAGGUGAACAUCUAUCUGCGUGUUGCUGCUUUUGAACUUCUAAUCCUGGGGACGCUUCGCCAAACAGUCGGUGUGGUUGGAGUCCAAUCUGUUGAAUAUCCAACUUGACUUUAACUUCACUUCGGUCCACAAAGCGGGUUCCGAAGAACUUCACACAGGUCCCCUCCUGCACCUCUUUGAAGGAUGGCUCAUGGCGGGGUGGUCUUGGACAAAGACCAGUUCAACUGUGCGGUGUGUCUGGACUUCCUGAAGGAGCCAGUGACCAUUCCAUGCGGCCACAGUUACUGCUCGGACUGCAUCAGCAGAUACUGGGACGAUGUUGAAUGCGACGUGAACUGCCCUCAAUGUCGGCAGACUUUCAACCCGCGGCCGGUGCUUGGCCGAAGCAUCUUACUGGAUGACGUGGUGGGAAGAUUUAAGCAAAGUGGACUCCAGGAGGCCUCUGCGGGUCAAACUCUGGCGGAGGAGGACGACGUGGAGUGCGAUGUUUGCCCGGAGAGGAAGUUCAAGGCGGUCAAGUCGUGCGUGGAGUGUUUGGCCUCGUUUUGCGACCUGCAUGUUCAGCUGCACUACCAGUCAAACGAGCUUAAGACACACACGCUAAUCACAGCCUCCACGAGGGUCUGUGGUCAACACAACAGGCUGCUGGAGUUCUACUGCCGCACGGACAAGCAGUGCAUCUGCCCGCUGUGUGUCAUCGACCAACACAAAGGCCAUGACGUCGUGAUGGCGGAGGUGGAAAGACAAGAGCAACAGAAUCAGCUUGGUAAGAUGAAGCACGACUGUCAGGAGAACAUCCAGCAGGCAGAGAAGAUGGUUGAGGAGGUCAAAGCAAACAUCUCCUCUGCCAAUGACUAUACCUGGCAGCUGACGAAGACGAGUGCAGAACUCUUAAAGAAAAUGACCAGCUCCUUGGAGGAGAAGCACUUUGAGUUGUGUGACGUUAUCAACAACAGGAAGAAGCUGUAUGUCAGUUAGGUCGAGCAGUCGCUGGAGAAGGCAAACAUUGCGCUCAAGGAGCAGCAGAGGAUGUGCGCCAAGCUUGACAAGUUGGCGGAAACCGUGAACCAUGUGGACUUUCUCCAGAAACUUCCGUCCCUGAAAGCCUCGUCUAUGUCCUCACUUCCGCCAGACACCACCUUGACCGUUAACGAAGAUGUGAGCGUCUACCAGGAGUUGAUGUUGGAAUACUACAAGAAAGGAUUCAAUGACAUUUAUAAAAAAGGAAAUGACUUGUUGCCGGAGCCGGAGGUGACACAGAGUACUCCUCCAGAGUCCGAGAAGUGUCUAGUACAAUGAAGCACCUUCUUCUGAUGGAUGGAAAACGAAGAGUCAUCAAAACAAAGACUUCAGGCACCCCUGUUUCUGUGUUCCUUUUUGCCAUGGAUGCUGAUUAUUUACACCUGCCUCUGAUUAGUGGUCAGGACGCUCACCUGCAUCCGGUCACUAAUCAGAGAGAUAUGUAUUCCUGCCUCACGCCAUACUCUGUCUGGCAGUUUUGUUUGCUACACCCAACAGGUUAUUCUUGCUUCUAGUUCCCGUGUUGGCUAGUCCUGGUCUAAGCUUUUCUCUAGCUUCCCGUUCCUGUUUUAGUAUUCUUGCCUUGUUAUGGUAAUAAACCAUCUUUCUUACCUGCGGAUCGUCAAUGAUUGUUGAGAAGAAUCAUUUUAUUUUUGAUUUUAUUGUGUUGCCAAACAUCACACUGAAUAUUAAUAGAAAAGAAUAACGUACAACUCCAAACCAACGACACUUGAAAUAACAAUACACACUUCAACACACAAAUUCAACACAUGCAUUAAAAAAAAGGACAAACAAAAUUGAAUGAUAUCAAUAACAGUAUCAAUAAUAAUGAUAAUAUGAACAUCAAUAACAGUGAAUAAGAACUUUAAACAACAACAAACAAACGAAUCAAAGACCAGAAGGCGGGCUCACAUUACACCAGUUUUAAAAUCUCUGCAUUGGCUCCCCGUGUGUGUCAAGAUCAAUUUUAAGGUUUUGGAUAUUAUUUUGUUAUGUACUGAUAUCAAUACCAAUUUACUGGAUCGGCUGUUGUCUAGUAUGUGCACUUUUCUUCUUUCGUCGCAAUAAGAAACUUAUGUUUAUGUAUCAUAACAUUUUAUGUUGAAAUAA